CUGGAAUAGUCAAGCGAAGCAGUGACAACAAAUGAAGCGUGUCUCCUCUGACAAUAAAGAGCUUGUAUUUUUAUCCACACGUGGCGAAAGAUCAAAGUUAAACCGCUACCGUUGUUGGUAUAAAUAAUUCAGUCGGCUUGGGUCACGUGUCCGUCACGUGUCCCAGCUGUAGGGGCCCUGCCAGUGUACAGUAGCUCUGAGGCUGCAGGCGGAGGAAGCGGCGGCAGCAGCAGCAGCAGCAGCAGCAGCAACACACCGAGCCAAGGAGGAGAACAGGGAGGGUUGGCCAUGUGGUAUUUGUUUGGUCAUGUCAAAGUGAAAGUGAUGCACCGUAGGACUGUGGGAGUGUUAAACUGAAGCAGAGAAGCAGUCAGCCCUCUCCAGAGUCCCCGAGGCAGCUUAAAGAAGCAGACAGGCUGACGUGAUGAGGUUCCCGGGAGAAGCUGCUCCCCUGCGGGCUGACAGCUGAUAGAGGAGGAGACCCUUCUCCUCCUCUCCCACGCGCACUCGGGGACAAACGAGGAGGACCAUGAACGUCGAAACCAGACCCGUUUGAAGAAAAACGUCACUCGGACCAACUGGAGGCGCCGCCUGGUUGAACAUGCUUGUUUUUGGGUGUGGAAGAUGCAGCUUGGUUUUGAUGUCUCUUUUUGCUCUGCUGCUGACAUGAGAGGCGUGGCUUUUGCUACAUUAAAUGUCUAAGUAUUUCUUUUCUUUUUUUUUUUUUUUUCACAUCGCUGGCUUUUGUUGCCUUGUCCUUGAAACUGCAUCAGCCAGGCUGUUCAAAAACAUCACAAUGACUUGAGUGCCUUUUGAUUUUUUUGAUUUUUUUUUUUGCAACCCACUUGGCUAAAUGACACAGUUAAUUCAGCAAUGCUAACGUCCACAGUUUUCCUAUCCUGUUUCUUAGUUUCGGGGAAGUUUUGAUUGAUCACCUUUACUCACUGUCGCAGAUAGCCAAAGGAAAGCAUAAGUACUAUGCACCGUAGUUGCUCACGCAGAUCCUAUACAAAACCAUUAACCUCACAGGAAGAGAGGCAGUCGUAACAGCACCCGAACCCGGACGAAGAACCUCUCCCCUCUCUCUGUGUAGUCGUUUUUGUUUUUUUGUUUUUUUUAUUGAGGGGGUUCUGAGAGCCGCAGGGAUGUUUGCUUCCGUGGAGCAUGGCCCGGUGCUCUGUAGCGACUCCAACAUCCUGUGUCUGUCCUGGAAGGGCCGAGUGCCCAAGAGCGAGAAGGAGAAGCCGGUGUGCAGGAAGCGGUACUACGAGGAGGGCUGGCUCGCUACCGGGAACAGCCGGGGGGUCGUCGGGGUCACGUUCACGUCCAGCCACUGCAGACGGGACCGGGCCACACCGCAGAGAGUCAACUUCAACCUCAGAGGACACAACAGUGAGGUGGUAUUGGUGCGGUGGAAUGAGCCUUUCCAGAAACUGGCCACAUGUGACACAGACGGAGGGAUUUUUGUAUGGAUUCAGUACGAGGGUCGCUGGUCUGUGGAGCUCGUCAACGACCGUGGAGCUCAGGUGAGUGACUUCACCUGGUCGCAUGAUGGAACGCAGGCUCUCAUCUCGUACCGUGACGGCUUUGUCCUGGUGGGCUCUGUCAGCGGACAGAGACAUUGGUCUUCUGAGAUAAACUUGGAAAGUCAGAUUACCUGUGGAAUCUGGACUCCUGAUGACCAGCAGGUGUUGUUCGGCACAGCAGAUGGACAGGUCAUAGUCAUGGACUGCCACGGGCGUAUGUUGGCCCAUAUUCUCCUCCAUGAGUCCGAUGGCAUUGUUGGCAUGUCAUGGAACUACCCCAGCUUCCUGGUGGAGGACAGUAGUGAGAGUGACACGGACUCCGAUGAUUACACUCCACCCAAAGUGCACAGUCAGAAACCACUGCUGACGGUCAGCUUCACCUCUGGAGACAUCAGCCUGAUGAAUAGUUACGAUGACCUCUCACCCACACUGAUCCGAACCGGUUUGAAAGAUGUUGUAGUCCAGUGGUGCUCUCAGGGCGACCUUUUGGCAGUGGCAGGGAUGGAGAGAACAGUCCUCCUGUCCUCCGACGCUCCAUGUUCUCCACCCACCAAGAACGCCAUUGUCAAGUUCUACAAUGUUAGAGGGGAUCACAUCUACACACUAGACACACCAGCACAGCGCCCCAUCACUACGCUCUGUUGGGGUCACAGAGACUCGCGUCUGUUCUUGGCGUCAGGCCCGGCGCUCUAUGCAGUUCGAGUGGAUCACCGGGUUGCUGCGCUACAGCUUCUCUGCCAGCAGGUCAUCGCCACAGCCGUGAAGGAGGAGAAAGAUGUCGCCAAGCUCACCAUGCCUUCCCGGCUCUGUACAUACGUCACUGCUGCUUUCGCCCCCACCAUCAAGCCGCCCAUCCCAGAUCCCAACAACAUGCGGGACUUUGUGAGCUACCCGACAUCCGGGAACGAGCGACUGCACUGCACCAUGAAGCGCACGGAGGAUAACCCGGAGGUGGGCGGGCCGUGCUACACGCUGUACCUGGAGUACUUGGGUGGUCUGGUGCCCAUCCUGAAGGGUCGACGGAUAAGUAAGCUGCGCCCCGAGUUUGUCAUUAUGGACCCCAAAACGGAUGGAAAAACAGAUGAGAUAUACAGCAACAGUCUGAUAUCAGCCAUGAUAGACAGCUGUAACUGCUCAGACUCCAGUGAUAUUGAGCUCAACGACGACUGGGUUGGCAAGAAAUCUCCAAAGAUAUCCAGAGGAAGCAAAUCUCCUAAACUUCCCAGAGACUUAGUUUGUCCCUUUACCAACAGGAUAAAUAUUGACCCCAGAAAAUCACCCAAGCUGUCCCGAGCAACACAAGAAAUCUCUAGGUCGCCACGGUUACCCAUAAGAAAACCCUCGAUUGGUUCACCGAGUCUCUCACGGAGAGAAUUCCCUCUGGAUGACAUCAAUCAGCAAAAUUACCUUGCUCAGGUCACAUCCAAUAUUUGGGGAACAAAGUUUAAGAUAGUGGGACUGGCCGCAUUUUUACCUACCAAUCUCGGUGCAGUUAUCUAUAAGACCAGCCUCCUCCAUCUGCAGCCCAGACAAAUGACCAUCUACCUGCCUGAGGUGCGCAAAAUCUCCAUGGAAUACAUCAACCUGCCCGUUUUCAGCCCCAAUGUCUUCAGUGAGGACGAGGACGACCUUCCUGUCUCGGGCCCCGCUGGAAGCACUGACGACAACCCCCCCUGUACUGUAAACAUCCCCAUCGCCCCCAUCCACAGCCCUGCCCAGGCCAUGUCCCCUGCCCAAAGCAUCGGCCUGGUCCAGUCUCUGCUAGCCAAUCAGAACGUUCAGCUUGAUGUCCUUAGUAAUACGACAGCAGCUCCUUCCGGAGCAUCGGCUAGCAGUUCGGACCAAAGCCAGGACGCCAUAUUGUCGGCUCAGUACACCGUGCCCACCAGGUAUUCCAGUCCGGGUCAGGUCAUUUUUGGGGGGCUGGACGUAGGUCGGCUAAUGGUUGGACCACCGCCGACCCAUCAUCCUUCGCAACAACAACAACAACAACAACAACAGAGUCAGCAGCAGCAGCUUCUACAACAUCAACAAAUCCAGCACCACCACCAACAACAGCAGCAGCAGCAAAUCCCCCAGCAGCAGCACCAUCUACAGCAGCAGCAGCACCAUCUACAGCAGCAGCAGCACAUUCAACAGCAGCUGCAGCAGCAGCUUCAGCAACACAUACAGAUGCAGCAGCAUCAACAAAUGCAGUUACAGCAACAGCAGCAGAUGCAUCACCAGCUGCAGUCUCAGCAGCACCAUCUUCAGCAGCAGCUUCAGAUCCAGAUCCCUGCUCCGUCCCUGUCACCGGGGCAACCUUCGGGAACGGCCCUGCACCAGCUGCAGCCGGGGGCCCUGCAAAUACAAAUCCCCCACCAGCCGGCCGAGUUAGUUGUUGACAGAACGGCAGGCGGGGAGCACGAACACCUGCUGAAGAUCAAAACCACUCGGUCAACGCCACAGCUAGCUGACGCCGAUACAGUGGUGUUCAGCGCUCCUUUGGAGCUCAGCAAAAUGAACCCGCCGCCUCCUUACCCCGGGACCGUGGCCGCGGCAGUUGCUGCUGCUGCUGCUGCAGCUGCUGCUGCUUCACCGUCGACGUCCAACGCAGCUUCCAGCUCCUCGUCUGGAACAGAAGGGGGCGCUAGUGGAACUCCUCCCCCUAGCGAGCUCUGCGUGAAGAAGGGUGACUUCAAACUUUAUCCUCCAGGUCAGCAGCAACUACAGUACCCCACGCCUCUGGGCUACGAGAGGAUAACGACGUUUGACAGCAGCGGGAACGUGGAAGAAGUGUGUCGCCCUCGAACACGCCUCGUCUGCAACCAGAAUGUGUACACGCUCCAGGGACCUGGCAACUCUGCCACGCUCAGGGUCACUUCCUCUUCAUCGUUGUCUGCAGCCGACAAGAAAAUCCAGCUGCCCUACACCUCUGCUACACUCAACAGACUCACCGCACCCCGCUACUCCAUACCAAGCGGAGACCCACCCCCUUACCCCGAUUCGGCCAAUCAGAGCGGAGCCGCCGGGAGGAAUCCGAACCAGCGACUCGACAGCAGCUUGAUCCACGCCACCCUCAGGAGGAACAGCCGAGAGGCCGCGCUUAAAGUCUCCCAGAUGCUGGAACCGCCACGACCGCUUCCUCCGAAGGCUAAAAACAGUCCACUAGCGCCCUCCUUCCAGCAGAGGGUGCCAACAGCCUUAUACACGUGCAGCCAGUGCAGCAGUGGAUCAAGUGUUGGCAGUAGUGCUCCAGGGAGCGCUAAUGGGAUAGCAGGGGGAACGAUUAUCAGGCAAGAUUUCCCUCCAGGGAACGGCGCUCCACACAGCACAGUGAUAGUUCACUCCAGCAGCGCCGCUGCUCUGGCCUCCCAGUCCUCAUACAGCCUGAUGAGCUCACUGGAGGGGUCCGGGAGUGCAGCGGGAGCAGGAGGGAACAGAGACCGGGCUGAGUAUGUUAACUCGGCUUUUACUGAGGAUGAAACACUCAACCAGUCGCUGAGGCAUUUGGUAAUUGGAGGAAAUGAUGCAUCAGGGCUUGUCAUCAAACGCCCACCUCCCUACCAGUGGGACCCGACUGGCACAGAGGAGGUGUGGAUACCUCAAGAGAGGACAGCAAAUGCCCCCCCUGGAGCGCACAAGCCUCCGCCCCUCAUUCUCAGCCCGACUCAGCACUUGGAUGUUACCAGACUGCCUUUUGUUCUUUCUCCAAAGUCUCCCACCAGCCCUGGCGCUGCAUCAUUCCAGGCUGCAGCAGCAGCAGCAGCAGCUACAGCUACAGGCUACCAAAUCUCUCUGCAGUACCCCCCAGCAGCAGCCUAUGCUGGAGCUCAGCUCCAACCCAUCCCAGGGUCGCCGCGCCCCUGCGCCUCCCCUAAGGAAGUUGUGGCACCCGUGGCCCUCUCACAGCAGGACGCGACCCUUGUCUUGUCGCCGGGUUACUCUCCAAACAUAGCAAACCUCGCCUGCUGUCCCCUUCCUCCCUUGUAUCCCGGAGGAAGUUCCUGUGCUGGAAUCCCCAUCCCUCCCAUCGCCCUUCACACACCGUGGGGAACGUACAACCCUUGUCCGCCUAUGCCCAGUCCUGCAGUGCCACUACCACCCAAAGCCUCCCACGUAUCAGCAGACAAAAAUGUUCUCUCACCUCCUCCUCCACCUCCUCCACAGCCUCCACCACCAGCAGCAGACCCACAGAGCCACGGGGCGUUACAGGAGACAAUAGCAGAGCCAGGGGACGCUUACCAGGAGGUGUUGUCUUUGACUGAGAGCCCUGUACCACAGCGGUCCGAGAAGUUCAGCAAGAAGAACCGCAAGCGGAUGGACGGCCGGGCGGAAGAGGCCAACGUGUCUCAGUUAGCCGAAGGCAGCAAGUCGAAGAAGGAGGGCAGGGCUCUGGGGGAUUUCAACUCGCUGAUCUCCAGCCCUCGACUGGGAGGAAGAGACAAGAAGAAGCUGAAGGGGCAGAAGGAGCAGCAAAUGAAGGCGAAGAAGCUGAGUAAGGCCACAACCAACAGUGAGUUCCAGGACAGUUCAGAAAGCGAGCCGGAGCUUUUCAUCAGCGGCGAUGAGCUCCUUAAUCAGUGCCAGAGCGGGAAAAAGGGCUGGAAGAGUAAAAGGAACCUGAGGGCUGCUAGCGAGCUUGAUGAAAUAAAGUGCCGGAAAGCCAAUGAGAAGGAAGACAGAGGACUGGGCAGCCAAGGGUUUGUGUACGUGAUGGCCAACAAGCAGCCUCUGUGGAAUGAAGCCACACAGGUCUACCAGCUGGACUUCGGAGGCCGAGUCACGCAAGAGUCGGCCAAGAACUUUCAAAUCGAACUGGAGGGUCGGCAGGUGAUGCAGUUUGGUAGGAUUGAUGGCAAUGCCUACAUCCUGGACUUCCAGUACCCCUUCUCUGCGGUUCAGGCUUUCGCAGUGGCUUUGGCCAACGUCACCCAACGCCUCAAAUGAGACGUCCCCUCCCAGCACACCCCGACUCAUCCCAUGAUUUUAAAUGCAGCCUGCUGAAGGAGCACAGUUGUUUGCUUUGGAGAUUCAUACACUCUAAUAAACUCAGUGGAUUUUGGAGAAAAAAAAAA